AAUCAUUAUAUUCGAGGAUCGUCCUUUUCACGGGGCAGUGGUCUGCUGCUCCCUCUCUCUCUCUCUCUCUCUCUCUUUUUAGAGCGCUUUACGGAGUCCACGGCAUUUCUCAAACACGCACAAUUGAGCUGCUCAACUAUAUCCGACGCCAGCGUGAUAUUAAGGUAGCUGCCAUGACGAGCCCGAGAGAUCCUCGCCAGGUCGGCGAACGGCCUUUAUUCUCGAAUACCCUGGAUGGAACCAACAAUAUGCCUAUGCUUACUUUGAGAGAAUUGAAGAUGAUUGAGAUAAUGGAAGCGAUAACUGACAAACCAGACUGGGAGAACAAGGUUUUUGACGAUAAAAUAACUUCGAAGUGGAGGGCCGAGGCUAUGGACCUCCAGCCAGACGAGGUAACGGAGAAUAUGAUGGAUUGGGUGAUUAAGGAACUUCAGUUCAAGGCAAAGAUGUACAAAGAGGCGGGGCUGGUCUACGUAUUUGACGCUGAUGUCGUCAAAUCCGAUGUUAAAAUCCCAAAGUCGCUACAGGAGUCAUUGAAGACGGCCGUGGCGCGUCUAGAAAAUGUACCCGAAGAUGCAAAGGACUAUCAUCCGGGCUCCGACGAUCAAGUUCUCGAUCUCGUGCAUCCCUCCCUCUUCCCACUUGUCUAUGGGCGAAGCCGUGUCAUCCGAAAUGGGUGCCUAACAAUUGAAGAAGGUAUAAAGCAGUCGGGACGAGGUGAGGUCCUUGAAUGGCCGGGUUGGGAAAAGCAAGGGACCCGCCGUUCAAACCAAAAUGCAUGGAGCAAAAAAUUCCAAUGGCUCCCGUGUGAUGUUUCCUUUGCUCCUGUUGAACAGGGGGCGGAUUCAGGCCCUGUGAGCUUUGGGACCAAGGACUUUCGCUGCAAGAUUAGAAGUUACAUUAAUAACCUCCACCCCGACGAUCAUCACGAUUUAUAUUCCGUGUUAGAGGAAAUAAUUACUCGCACAAUCCCUCUCUGGAAUAUGACUCUGUCGGGUGCACGAGCCUUCCUGCCACCCAAACGCAUUAAUUACAGCAGAGCUACUUAUCACCUGGACCGGGAGAAUGCGCCUAGCCAGAUGGAGGAUGAGGACGACGACGAAUUCUGGGACAGGGAAAAUCAGUGGGAAAUUGACAACAGGCAAGUGAUCCUCCCGGAACCCGGCGAAUUUAAGCCCCGUCCUAUCUCCUCCGCGUAUCAGUUUGUAAACGAUUGCGGAGAAAACGUCGACAGGUUGAAACAGGGAGACGAUAUCGAUUUGCAUAAGGAUUUCAAAGACUCAGGCCUCCAGGUCAUUGUGAAAUUGGCAAACAUCCAUUUGAGCCCGGAGAAACCGAACUAUCCGGGAGGAACUUGGCAUGUGGAAGGGCAAUUGAAUGAGAGAAUAUGCGCAUCGGCGUUAUAUUACUAUGAUUGCGAGAACAUCACAGACAGUCGCCUCGCUUUCCGGGCGAGCCUUUUCGAAAAUUCUGAUGCGGAAGUCGGGUACCCGCAGGACCACCACGAUUGGCUGGAAAAAGUAUUCGGCCUUGAAAACCAUGGUCCUAUGGUUCAGGAGCUUGGAAGUGUGAGUUGUAAGGAAGGGCGACUCCUCACUUUCCCCAACACGCUCCAGCACCGUGUACAACCCUUCCAGCUGAAAGAUCCGACCAAGCCUGGCCAUCGGAAGAUUGUUGCUCUCUUCCUCGUGGAUCCAAAUGUUCGCAUCACUUCCACCGCUGAGGUUCCUGCUCAACGAAGUGACUGGUGGAGGAGGUUGAUAUGCUUGGACCGGGUCCUGAGCCGCCUGCCUCAAGAGCUAAAGGAUCAAGUGCGAGAGGACUUGGGAGGAUUUCCAUUUAACAUGGAAGAGGCAAAGAGCCUCCGGCUUGAGCUGAUGGAUGAACGGAAGGAAUUUGUCUUGUAUCAGGAUGAAAAGAUGCAUGACUACACUUUCUCCCUUUGUGAACAUUGAUGGCAGUUUUAUAGGUUUCCCCCGCAACACUGCCCACAUAUCGUCCUUCCAGGAGCAGUCUCUGCCCUCCAACACCCAAUGUUGGUGAGCAUUAUCUGCGGCAAUGGACUAAGAAGAGCAUCCCUAUCGUUCAUGUUUAGAGGCCUCGCUUUAUAGU